AUGUCGUCUUCUAGUGUUGUUGUAUCGAAAGAGGAAUCUUCGAAUUCAAGCUCUCAUGAGAAUGAAAGUGAGGAUGGUAAAAAAUACGUAAAUCAGAAGAAAACUUCAACAAAGGAGACGACUUCUAAGAGGGAAGGGAGCAGAUUCUCUUGUAUUCACAAUUGUUUUUGGUUUAUAGGAUGUGUAUAUUCGAUAUGGUGUUUGUUAUUUUUUUUAUAUAAUGCUAAGCUAACAGGUCCAUCACCUGAUCUAUCACCUGGUGUUAGAUUACGUAAAGAAGGGUUGGUUGCUAAACAUCCAGUUGUAUUGGUACCUGGUAUAAUUACUGGUGGUCUUGAAUUAUGGGAAGGGCAUAGUUGUGCUGAGGGAUUGUUCAGAGAAAGACUUUGGGGUGGUACAUUUGGCGAAGUCUACAAAAGACCUUUAUGCUGGGUUCAACAUAUGUCACUGAACAAUGAAACUGGUCUGGAUCCUGAUGGUAUACGAGUUAGGCCGGUCCCUGGACUUGUUGCAGCAGAUUAUUUUGCGCCAGGAUACUUUGUAUGGGCAGUCCUGAUUGAAAAUUUGACGCGCAUCGGUUAUGAAGACAAAAACAUGUACAUGGCUGCAUAUGACUGGAGAAUAUCAUUUCAGAAUACUGAGGUGCGGGAUCAAACACUUAGCCGAAUUAAAAGUAAUAUAGAGCUCAUGGUGGCGACAAAUGGUGGUAAAAAGGCCGUCGUCAUUCCACACUCGAUGGGUGCUCUGUAUUUUUUACACUUCAUCAAAUGGGUUGAAGCACCAGCUCCCAUGGGUGGUGGUGGUGGACCGGAUUGGUGUGCGAAGCAUAUUAAGGCAGUGAUGAACAUAGGUGGACCAUUUUUAGGGGUUCCAAAGGCAGUCUCGGGACUUUUCUCUUCUGAAGCAAAAGAUGUUGCUGUCGCGAGGGCCAUUGCACCAGGAGUCUUGGCUAAAGACUUGCUUCGUCUUCCUCUGCAACAUUUGAUGAGGAUGACCCGCACUUGGGAUUCAACGAUGUCCAUGAUACCAAAGGGUGGAGACACUAUAUGGGGUGGUCUUGACUGGUCUCCAGAAGAAGGCUACAACUGCAAUCUGAAAAAAGAAAACAGAAAUAGUUAUCAGGUUGUAGAUCAAAAUGGGACAGCUUCCGAGGGGUGUACAACUAGAAUGGCACAUUACGGGAGGAUUAUAUCAUUUGGGAAAGAUGUAGCAGAAGCUGAUCCGUCUGAGAUCGAACGUUCAGAUUUUAGGGACGCUUUAAAAGGUCACAACCUUGCAAAUUCGACUUGUGAUGAUUUAUGGACGGAGUACCAAGAUAUGGGCUUUGCUGGUAUCAAAGCUGUUGCAGAUUACAAGGUCUACACUGCCGGAUCAGUUAUAUACCUACUCCGUUUUGUUGCUCCAAAGAUGAUGAAACGUGGAGAUGCUCAUUUCUCACAUGGUAUAGCUGAUAAUCUUGAUGAUCCUUUGUAUGAUCACUACAAGUAUUGGUCAAACCCCUUGGAAACAAAAUUACCGAAUGCCCCUGACAUGGAGAUAUUUUCUAUGUAUGGUGUUGGAAUACCUACUGAGAGAUCAUACAUAUACAAGUUAACUCCGACUAGUGAUCAGUGCUACAUCCCAUUUCAGGUAGAUACCUCAGCUGACAGUGGAAAAGAGGAAGCGAGCUGUCUUAAAGGCGGUGUCUAUACAACUGAUGGAGAUGAAACUGUUCCUGUUGUGAGUGCUGGUUAUAUGUGUGCAAAAGGUUGGCGUGGGACAACUCGGUUCAAUCCUUCUGGAAUUCGAACUUACAACAGAGAAUAUGAUCAUGCUCCUCCUAACCUCCUAGAAGGUAGAGGACUAAAGAGUGGUGCACACGUUGAUAUAAUGGGAAACUUUGCACUCAUUGAGGAUGUAGUAAGAGUAGCUGCAGGAGCUACGGGAGAAGAAUUAGGUGGUGAUCAAGUUCACUCUGACAUCUUCAAGUGGUCCGAAAAAAUCAAUUUGAGAUUAUAAAUUAA